AUGGGUUGCGGAUCAAGUUCUGAAGCGGGUGCUAGCUCUGGAGCAGGCGGUCGCAAAACAAAAGUAUUUUUCGAUAUUACGAUUGGAGGAAAGCCUGCUGGUCGCAUUAUCAUGGAACUCCGAGGAGAUGUCGUCCCGAAGACCGCCGAGAACUUUCGGGCGUUGUGCACAGGGGAAAAGGGCAAGGGACGAUCGGGAAAGCCACUCCAUUUUAAGGGAUCUUCUUUCCAUCGUGUCAUCCCGGGAUUUAUGUGUCAAGGAGGUGACUUCACAAGAGGAAAUGGCACUGGAGGAGAGUCGAUAUAUGGAGAAAAGUUUGCCGAUGAAAAUUUCAAGUUGAAGCACACUGGAAAAGGGAUCUUGAGUAUGGCCAACGCUGGACCUGGGACCAAUGGCAGUCAAUUCUUCCUUUGUACCGCUGAAACUGCUUGGUUGGAUGGAAAGCACGUGGUCUUUGGCUCGGUCGUUGAGGGAUUGGAUGUUGUAGAUGCUGUCGAGGCAGUUGGAAGCCAGUCUGGAAAGACUAGCAAGAAGGUAGUCGUCCAAGAUUGUGGAGAAUUGGAGGAAUAA